AUGGGGGAAUCCCAAGAGGAGAUUGGAGAGCAAAGCUCAAACUCUACAGUUACUCACGCUAUUCAAACCAAAAAAACUUGUCAAACAGUUAUGCUGCGGUCUAAACCAGCAAUAAGAGUGUCCACCAAAGAAGUAACUUGUUUAAAAACUGUGCAUUUCAGAAAAAAUAUUCACAGGAGUGAUUUGGUGAGAGAGAAUCCGAAGACUGACGUCAAGACUGGCUCAGUAAUCUCGGAAAAACAAAAUGGCAAAAAAUUAAAGGAUAGUGACUCAGGAAAAGACAAGAAAAGAAAAUGGAAACGUGUACCAGAACUGACGAGCUUUUACUUGCCUCCAAUAUCAUCUCAGGAAGAUGAACAAUUAACGGAAAGGUCUGACGACUUCAACGUUUUUGACGUAGAUGAGUAUUUUGGGUUUGCUGACUUUCCUUGUGUAAAGCAGACAUUCACUGAUUUGUGUGACAAAUUUGAAGGUAAGGGUGGUGAUAAAACCCUCAGGGCAACCAAGAAGAAUAAGGUCCGCAAGGCCCAUAAACAAGUAAAAGACAAAUACUGCACUUCCCUUCAAAAUAACAAUGGCAAGGAACUAUUUGUGCACCACAGAGUAUACAAAGCAAUGAAAACUCUACCCAGAAAGGAAAAUUACUUGCCCACAAAAAGAGUCACUUUUGCUGAUGAGGCAUCAGCUCAAAAUGGACAAGACACAAAGAAUAGGAAAGCAAACAGUGAGGAUGUAUGGGAAAAAGCACCCAAAGAGUCCAAAGUGGAGAACCACAGGUUUGCCCUCAACAAGUCAAACGUCCCUUCAGACAUUAGGUCUCUAGGAAUAGCAGACAUUCUUCUGAGUUUGCAAGAGAGGGAGCUGACACCCGAGGAUUACGAAUUGCUACUUCAACUCGAUGAACGAGUUGCACCAAAAACAAUCUCCACUUCUAAACUGAAUAGAUUAAAAACAGACACUGCAACAGAGGCUCAUCUGGGCCUGGUUUGUGCAGUGUGCCUGGAGCACUAUACUUCAGGCCAGAGAAGAAAGUUUCUUCCAUGCAGUCAUGUAUUUCAUGAAGCUUGUAUUGACAUGUGGCUGAGUAACUCUUCCCAGUGCUGCCCUCUAGAUGGAUUGCCAAUAUCUUGA